CUUAUUGAAAGGAUGGAAAUGCACAAGCUUGGAAUGAUGGCACCACAUUGGAGUUGUCGUACUAGAGAAAUUAUCUCUGAUAACUUUCACUUACUACUCUUUGUAAUGUUUGUAAUACUGAUCAUCUUCACAUUGGCAACACUCUAUAGCUUCUUUACCUUCUUUUGGAGACUAUAUUAUAGCGACACAAGAUUUAAUUCACCAUGGAUUUCUAUAAUUUCAUUUCCAUUUCCAUUUGAAGAAGAGGAGGAGGAGGAGCAUGCAAUAGACAAUGGGUUGGACAAACAAGUUAUAAAGGCUCUGCCUGUGUUUGUGUAUAAAGAAGAAGAAGAAAGCUUUAAGGAUAGUGAUGAGGAGGAGGAUGAGCAGCCCACCUGUGUAAUUUGCUGCUCUAAAUUUGAGCAGAAUGAGGAAGUAAGAGAGUUGCCCAAAUGCAAUCACAGGUUUCAUGUGAAUUGCAUUGAUAAGUGGUUUCAGUUGAAGUCUACUUGCCCAAUAUGCAGAAUCAAUGUGAAGGCUGCCAUAUAUGAUGAGAAAGCUCAAAGAACAGAAGAGGAAGAUAAUUUUUCAAUAGUUGCAGAUGAUAUUGUAAUUGAUAUAAGGAGUCUAGAAGAGGGCAUUGAAAAUCCAGAUGGAGAUCUUAUGUUGAGUGAUAUAAGAUAAAAGCAAGGCCAGUUUUAGUAAGUUGAUAUAGUGUUCCCCCCACCAUAAUUUUUGGUGAAACAUUCUGUGGAUGUGUUGAUCUUCUUUGAUUUAGUAAUCCCACUCCAUUAAAUUGUCCAUUAGGCUAAAAGAUGUUACUACCAGGGUCAGUUUUAUGGUGGACCUCUUCAAAAAGUGAUGAUAAGUUUUG